CCGUCGGUUCGUGAGUCAAAAAAUUUGGGCGACCCCGUUAUCAGCGUAUUUUCUACAUGGCUCCGCUUUAUUUGUUCCCAUCUUUUUGUUUAUCUCCUUCCUAAGUUUGAUUUCCUUAUAAAUCACUUUACUAAUUAGGCACAGGUGUAUUCCUGUGAUUGUUGUGAUAUUCAUCGAUACCGAACGACCGCCCGUUGUGCCAUGGCGUUCGGCGAAGAUGAAAUCCAGGAUGAUCGCUCGCCCGCGACGAUCACCACGCGCUCCCCCUGCCCCCCGGAUUCUCCCAAGGGGUCUCCUUCAUCGUCCCCCGAGGAGAAGAUUGCGGUGGCCAAGGAUGUACGGCACAGUACGAAGCUCGCCCGGGAAAAGGAAUCUCCGUCCAAGUCCGUGAAGAGUCCGCAUCGUGAGGCGACUGAAAGCAACGUUGAAGAUGAGGACGAGGAUGAUCAGGAGUUCGUCGAUCAUGAAGAGAUGCGGCGUCGUCUUGAACGGCGUCUCGGACUGUGCUGUUACCCGAAGCGACAGGAGGACGAUGUUGAUGAGUGGAAAGAACUGGCUGCCGUUGUCGGAUCGCGGUAUAUCUCGGCCGCCCAUCUCUACCCGGCCUUUGCUGCCACUGUAGCUCGGCAGAAUGUGUCACCCUCGGCGCUGCUGCUGUGCCUCAUCUACAUUGACCGCCUGCACGAUGCCAAUCCCAGCGUGAAUGUUGAUCACUUUCUCACCUCUUCGGAUCUGUUUAUCGUCUCCUUGAUGUCGGCCUGCAAAUUUCUUUAUGAUGUGGGCGAGGUUGGCGAUUGUUACAACGGCACCUGGGCGCGGGACUUCGGUAUACCGAUUAAACACCUGAAUAAACUGGAAUUCCUCUUCCUGGAUGCCUUACAAUGGAAUCUUCAUGCCGACAGUGCGGAUUUCGAUGCCAUGAUGCAUAACGUGGAAAGCGAAAUCACCCACUUUGGAUGCCAGUUUCGUGAUUAUCUAACGUAUUCCGAUCUCCUGGUGCUUUCCGAUGCCCGCAGUGGAUUCUCCACACGGUGUCUCAAUGAUUUUGUUGCCCAUUUGACCCGGAUGUUAGCCGCCCUGACCGCCGCCUACCUUCUGAUCGGCUGCGUGGUCCUCACCUCCACCACCCUGGCGCCCUUCAUGGUGCACAUGCUGCACCGACCGCUGCCGCCGGCCUGCAGCACCUGCUCCCCUCCCGCGCCCUUCCCCUCGCCGCGCUGGAUCGACGCCUGGAUGAACUGGACGCGGCCGGACACCGCCGCCAUCUGCCAGACGGUGCAGGACGAACUGGUGAUAUUGCCCACCGUUAAUCUGGAGAAGCCGCGGCCCGCCGGCACCUCCUUGCGGCUGGCGGCCUGGAAGAAGUUGGGUCGGCAUGGGAUGGUGCCGCGCGGCCGGUUUGUGCUGUCCGUAGCGUGAUGGAAGUUAUUUUUAUCUUGAUUUAUUGGGGAUUAUUUUAACAAAUUCUCGGGGUGUUUUCUGUUUUUAAUGUACGAGCGUUGCGUCGGUUUUUCAGAAUGUUGCGAUAUUUUUUUACCUGUUUUUCAUGGUCUGGUUUUGUGACUGGAUCAGUGUCGGAACAUAAAUAUUUCUUACGAAAAUCUCAAAAAAUGGCAAUAAAUACGAAAGAAA